CACAGCUCAUCAAAUCAUCCUGUGCACGUUUCGCUGUUGCAUUUGGCAGGGUUGGCAGAACUUUUGUAUCCCAGGUGGGAGAUUUUCCCCGUCAGUUGACAAGCUGUGCUACCACCAAGUCUAAGCUUUUCAAAAUGGCUAUGAUGGGGCUACUUUCUGUAACCAUUGUCGUCUGUAGUUUGCUAUACAACGGCGUAUCAUCAGCGGUGGAAGAGAAAAAUGAAGAGGGAUCCUGUUCCCGACAGCUCAACCAGAACAUCACGGUUGUGGCCGCACCCGGACCCGUCGGACCGAAAGGGGACACGGGACCGAAAGGUCCCCCCGGCAUGCCAGGGAAGGCAGGCGUGAGGGGCCCACCAGGCAGGCUCGGCCCGGUUGGACCAAGGGGGGAGCGGGGGGACAAGGGUGAACGGGGACCAGCCGGUGAGAAGGGAGCACCUGGGACCAGCCCACCUGGCCGGCGCCUGCCUGUCGUGGCGUUUUCCGUGGCGCGAACGGGCGGACUUAACCGGACAUUGUCCAGCACAGUCCUGACGUAUGACGUCAUCCUUAGCAACGAGGGAGAAGCAUACAACGAGGAGACGGGCAAGUUUGCGACAAUGGUCGGAGGCGUCUACUUCUUCACGUUUACCGGGAUGCACCCAAACACGCCCGGCAGCCACUAUCGUCUCCACCUGAUGAAGAAUGGCGAGAAGAUGGUCGGUCUGCACGAGCACAACGGGCCGCAAAACCAGCACCAGUCCAGCAGUAACAGCGCCAUCCUGCACCUACUUCCCCGCGACGAGGUUUGGGUGGAGCUGGACAGUGACCGCUCUCUGUACAGCGACGACGACAGAUACCUGACGUUUUCCGGGUUUCUCAUUCACGCAGACUGAAACAGGACGAUUUUUUGUAGCAGGCUUUUCAGCAAGGUUUUGAUGAGCACCUACAUGUAUGACUCAAGACAACGAUCUCUGUCACAAGGACAAAUAUAACCAUACAAGUGAAUACUAGAAGUUAUCUAAGCAACUGAAUAGAUCAUCUGGAUCAGUAUUGGCCACUUGGGCUCAAAAUUUAUUGUUGGGAAUUGGUAAUAUUGUUGCACCCAUUUUACA